CAGAUGUCUCGAGCUCGGCUCAAGAGAUCUGGAGCAGAAUUGGAUCCAAGCUGAUCCAAUUUUGCUCAUACUGCUACCACCUGAAGAAGUAUUCUGUCCUUGAUGCAGUAGAUGGCCAUGGCAAUAAUAGAGGAUUAUAUGGAUUCACCAACGCCUUCGCGACCGGCUCCUAAAUUAAGCCCAUUCAUUAGAGCGGAUCAUAGAGAUCGGGAACUUGAAAUGAAGCAGCUCAUCUUGGAGGCUUGGCAUAGUGAAGGUGAAACAUAUAUCUCAGAUUUGGCCACAUUGAUGAGAAAGGACUAUGUAGAUAGGAGAGAUAAAUUCGUUGUGAAUGAGCCCAUCUCAGACGAAUGGGAAUGCAUGAAUCAUGAAAAGACUACGGAAUUGAGCGCAGUCAUAAUAGAGGAUUAUAUGGAUUCACCAACGCCUUCGCGACCGGCUCCUAAAUUAAGCCCAUUCAUUAGAGCGGAUCAUAGAGAUCGGGAACUUGAAAUGAAGCAGCUCAUCUUGGAGGCUUGGCAUAGUGAAGGUGAAACAUAUAUCUCAGAUUUGGCCACAUUGAUGAGAAAGGACUAUGUAGAUAGGAGAGAUAAAUUCGUUGUGAAUGAGCCCAUCUCAGACGAAUGGGAAUGCAUGAAUCAUGAAAAGACUACGGAAUUGAGCGCAGUCAUAAUAGAGGAUUAUAUGGAUCCAGCAACGCCUUCGAGACCGGAUCCUAAAUUGAGCCCAUUCAUUAGAGCGGAUCAUAGAGAUCGGGAACUUGAAAUGAAGCAGCUCAUCUUGGAGGCUUGGCAUGCGGAAGGCGAUGCAUACAUCUCAGAUUUGGCCACAUUGAUGAGAAAGGACUAUAUAGAUCGGAAAGAUAAAUUCGUUGUGAAUGAGCCCAUCUCAGACGAAUGGGAAUGUAUGAAUCAUGGAAAGACUACGGAAUUGAGCGCAAUCAUGGAGAAAAAAUAUGGAAGCUUUGGGGCGUCUGCACAGAGUUCACACUCGACGUCGGAACCGGACGUGACUGCAAGUGUGGGUUCAAAUAUGACCCAUCCUCAGAACAUUGAAAGCAGUUACAUUAGCAAGGACUGGAUCUCGAUCUCCUCCUGCCCAAAGAAGGGUAUAAAGAGGAGCAAUGCUGCAGAUAAGGAGAGUGAAAAUUCAUCUUCAUCUCGAAAAGCUGGACGAUGGUUACCCUGAACAAGAAGAUGCGGAGACCCUCCACAACGUGAAUCAUCAUCAAUAUCAGAUACAAAGAGGGUUAUGCUUAGCGGAAGGAAGUCUAGGAGACCAUCGACUCGUGACGAUUGCUGCAGAGGGCUCUAGCUAGCUGGUGUGCCUUUCAUAUCAGCACGGGCUAGAGAAUAUAUCAGAUUUUGAGACCAGACAGAAGGUGUGUAACUUGAUGCGCAGAACUUAGUAUGGAAGAAGUGGGAUUCAAGGCAUAGAACCCGCCCCGCCCACAUACACUUAGCACUUCUCCGGAGUUUUUCUUAUUUUUAUGGUCUUCUGUUACUGAAAAGUGCCCUUGAGUUCCAGGUACAGUACAUCUUAAAUCAACAGUGAAGUCAAACUGUGUGGCCCACAAACAGGACAGCAUUUCUCCCGUGCCAUUCCGGGCUCUCUGCCACCAGAGUGGUCCUCUAGCAUGGUUGAGUUUCAGUGGAGAACUGUUUGGUGUGAAGUCAACGGUGAGGCCCUGUGUUUUUUAUGUUCGUAUGUUACUCCAAUGUGGCUCUUUGGAGUUCCAGAUCUCUCAUAAUCGGUGAGUUUUAGUGCAGAAGUGCAGAUUUUUGUGGUGUGUAUUCAACGUUGACUACCCGCAACACAUAGACAGAAGACUCCCGUGAUCUUUCGAGCUCUUAGCUACAACAGUGGCCCUUGUAAUUCUUCCUCGUUUUUCAUGGUUGAGAUUUGGUACAAACUGUGUAGUGUGUAGUCUAAGGUUAGAGCACACACACAGAACAAUUCUCCCGUGUUAUUCCGAGGUUUUGUUAUUAUAGUGGCCUUGGAGUUCUGGCUCGUCUGUCAUGGUUGAGAAUUUGAUUCAGAAAUGUGACGGUAGUCAACAAUGAUACACAGGGUUAGAUAGAAAAAUCAUUGUGGUGUGUAUUCAACGUCGACUACCCGCAACACAUAGACAGAAGACUCCCGUGAUCUUUCGAGCUCUUAGCUACAACAGUGGCCCUUGUAAUGAUUCCUCGUUUUUCAUGGUUGAGAUUUGGUGCGAACUGUGUAGUGUGUAGUCUAAGGUUAGAGCACACACACAGAACAAUUCUCCCGUGUUAUUCCGAGGUUUUGUUAUUAUAGUGGCCUUGGAGUUCUGGCUCGUCUGUCAUGGUUGAAAAUUUGAUUCAGAAAUGUGGUGGUAGUCAACAAUGAUACACAGGGUUAGAUAGAAAAAUCAUUGUGGUGUGUAUUCAACGUCGACUACCCGCAACACAUAGACAGAAGACUCCCGUGAUCUUUCGAGCUCUUAGCUACAACAGUGGCCCUUGUAAUGAUUCCUCGUUUUUCAUGGUUGAGAUUUGGUGCGAACUGUGUAGUGUGUAGUCUAAGGUUAGAGCACACACACAGAACAAUUCUCCCGUGUUAUUCCGAGGUUUUGUUAUUAUAGUGGCCUUGGAGUUCUGGCUCGUCUGUCAUGGUUGAAAAUUUGAUUCAGAAAUGUGGUGGUAGUCAACAAUGAUACACAGGGUUAGAUAGAAAAAUCAUUGUGGUGUGUAUUCAACGUCGACUACCCGCAACACAUAGACAGAAGACUCCCGUGAUCUUUCGAGCUCUUAGCUACAACAGUGGCCCUUGUAAUGAUUCCUCGUUUUUCAUGGUUGAGAUUUGGUGCGAACUGUGUAGUGUGUAGUCUAAGGUUAGAGCACACACACAGAACAAUUCUCCCGUGUUAUUCCGAGGUUUUGUUAUUAUAGUGGCCUUGGAGUUCUGGCUCGUCUGUCAUGGUUGAAAAUUUGAUUCAGAAAUGUGGUGGUAGUCAACAAUGAUACACAGGGUUAGAUAGAAAAAUCAUUGUGGUGUGUAUUCAACGUCGACUACCCGCAACACAUAGACAGAAGACUCCCGUGAUCUUUCGAGCUCUUAGCUACAACAGUGGCCCUUGUAAUGAUUCCUCGUUUUUCAUGGUUGAGAUUUGGUGCGAACUGUGUAGUGUGUAGUCUAAGGUUAGAGCACACACACAGAACAAUUCUCCCGUGUUAUUCCGAGGUUUUGUUAUUAUAGUGGCCUUGGAGUUCUGGCUCGUCUGUCAUGGUUGAAAAUUUGAUUCAGAAAUGUGGUGGUAGUCAACAAUGAUACACAGGGUUAGAUAGAAAAAUCAUUGUGGUGUGUAUUCAACGUCGACAUUUCGACGUAUUAUCUUGAGGUUCUGCAACUUCAGAGUCAAGUGUAGAUCGUAGAUAGUUUGGGUAUCUAGAUCGAACUCACCAAUCUAUUAUGCUAGGUCCAUAACUGACAAAUCUGUUGAAAACGCCUUAAUUCUUGAUGAUAAAGUCCUCAAAGUGAUGUGCUUGAAAAAGAUAAAUCACAAGGAGAGUAGUCACCACUGCCAUUUACAAGUC